AUGGUUGUUGUUUCAUGUGGUUGUUGGAGAAACCGUUUGUUUUUUGUUGCUGAUAAAAUACUGUGUAAAACCUACUGUCCUUUUCUUUUGGGUGCUAGUGAAUUGCGAUACAUAGAUCACUUGAGCUUGACUGCACUGUAUCUUGAUUAGCAACUUUUUAUCUUCCUCCAAGACACUUGAAUGGCUACUUGGUUCUUUUCCAAACCUAAAUUUCAGAUGCCCUCACUGAUCAUGCAUUUUAUCGUAUGUUUCCGAAUUGUGAGACAGUUUCUGGUUCAAUCAAAAGAUCUGUGUUUUACCAAGUUUGGCACCUGAUUUAGGUUAUACUUGAAGCAAAUUGGUAUUGAGUAACCGGCCUACAUAGUUAAUAUAUGUUGCUCUCCACACUUAACUUCUAUACAUUGUGCAGCAGAGGUUGCAAUAUUGAUUCCUUUUGCUGUCUAUGGAAGAUGAUUUGAGAUACCAGGCCUUCACUUCCCUCAUAACCCUGAAGGGCUAAUUCAAAUUUAUUCAAACUUCCCACCAUAUCAUGACAAGCUUAUUGCACUUUCCAACCAAAGGAAGAGUCUCACAUGAAUGACUGAAGGAACUGGAGAUAGAAAAAAACUAAAGCUGUGUUUACCAAGAAUAAGAACAAGGGGUAAACAAGUGUCUUCCAAUUCCUAGUCUUUUUUACACUAAGAAUAUUUGGUUUUUUUCUAUUUCUUUCUGUUGGUUGAUCAGUCUCCAGGAUCAUCUUAAGUUUGGUUAGAGUAGGGUCCAGAAAGGGGUUAGAGAAAACCUCUAACUCUAUUAAGGGGAAAAGGUGUAUUUUGCUUGUUGAAGGUGAUCAUGAAGGACAUGGCUGAAAGGAGACCGGACUUUUCCUUUGGGAUCACUCUACUGUCACAUGAAUCCAAGUUGCAUAAUUGCUUAUCCACGUAUGGACCAAGUUUGGUUACUGACCAUCUUUCCUUUCUUCAAAUCCCCUGUAAACGGCUAAGUCUGACUGUGAUGCAUUUCACUAUCACCAAUUGCACAUUAUUAUGAGUGAAUUUUGCACCCUUUUAACAGAACCUCUUCCAAACUACUUAUUUUUGGAAGCAAACUUAUGAUCUCAUUUGUCUUUGUCUUUGCAACCUUGCCUAUAGGCUUUACUUUUGCCAUGUGCUAUCCAACCUUGACUCAAUGUAGCCAAAGGAAUUUGUCCAAAAUUACUUCAUUUCUUGGGAUUAAGGGACUGAUAUUAAUACUGUCAUCCUUCGAUAAACCAGAUAUUAGAAAGCAUAAUAUACAUUGGUUCCCAAAUCCUACGAGCUUAAGUUUUUAAGAAAAUUGGUCGUCUAACAUGGUACCAAAGCAGGUCUGGUGGGAGGUCAUGUGUUCAAACCUCACAAUAUCCCCAAUUUCUUGAGCCCAAAAUAGGAGGCUAUACUAAGCCCAUGUGUAAGCUGAAAAAAAACGAAAAAAAAGGAGGGGGGCAGAGGCUGCAUGUGAUGGAGGGUAUCGGAGAGCAUGAUAUAUAUUGUAAGCCCAAAUUCAACAAGCUUAAGUUUUUAGGAAAAUUGGUUUUCCAACACAAGAAAUGUUCUGUAGCUUUCUGUUUGACAAAUUUAAACUUGUGAUCUUGGCACAUGAUAUCCAGAUAAUAUCCUGCUGACAUGACAGGUUCUUGGCCUCCAAAAAUGGCAUGUGAAAUAAGUGGAAAGUUCAGCUUGUUUCAUUUGCUGAGUUGGAGGAGCCACCUGUUUUUGUUCCAUCACAACCUGUUGAAGAUGUUAAAGAACAGGAAGUUAAAUACAUAGAAUCUGAUUUGCCUCCACACCAACAAGUUGAGCAGGCCAUGGAUUGUCUGCCAUCAUUUUCUGAAGAUACAUCAAACCAUCAGAAGUUUAGUUUCCAUCGCUGGACAAUAUUGGAUUAUUCAAGAGCCUACAACUCAGGAGAAGUUACUCCUCGCCUGGUUGCAGAGCGAUUCAUAGAUGCUGUCCGGGAAUCUUGCAAUCCUCAAUUGCACAUGUCAUUCUUCAUUAACUAUGAUACAGAAGAUAUUCUAAAGCAAGCUACUGAAUCAACUCUUCGUUAUGAACGAGGAGAACCUAUUUCUGUUCUAGAUGGAGUUCCGAUUGCUAUUAAAGAUGAAAUAGAUUGCACUCCCUAUCCAACUACAGGAGGUACAACAUGGUUGCACAAAGUAAGAGAUUGUAAAAAUGAUGCAUGCUGUGUUCAACGCUUGAGAUCAUGUGGUGCUAUACUCGUUGGAAAAACCAAUAUGCAUGAGCUUGGAGCUGGAACAAGUGGGAUAAAUCCUCAUUACGGGGCUACAAGAAAUCCAUACAAUACCAGCAAGGUCACAGGAGGUUCUUCUAGUGGUUCUGCUGCUGUGGUGUCUGCAGGAUUGUGUCCUGCUGCUCUUGGUGUUGAUGGAGGAGGAUCUGUGCGAAUGCCUGCAGCCCUUUGUGGUGUUGUUGGAUUCAAACCAACUUUUGGACGUGUGUCUCAUUCAGGUGUUCUUCCUCUGAACUGGACAGUUGGGAUGGUUGGCAUACUAGCAAGCACAGUUGAAGAUGCAUUUAUUGUUUAUGCAGCUAUCAGUGGUGAAACAUCCUCUCAUCAACCCACUAUGUUAUUGCAGCCGAAAGUGUGUUUUCCACUGCUGAAAUCGACAAACUCUAUAUCUAACAUCAAAUUGGCAAAGUAUGGGGAGUGGUUUAACGACUGCAGUGAUGACAUCAAAGUCUGCUGUUCCCAAGCUUUGGAUAAGCUUCAUGAGCAUUAUGGAUGGGAGACUGUGGAAGUGACAGUACCAGAGAUAGAAACAAUGCGCUUGGCACAUUACUUAACAAUUGGAGCUGAGUGUACCACUUCACUUAGUUCGCUUCUGCAAAAUGUGAGUAUUGAGGAAUUAGGGUGGGACACAAGGGUGGCAUUUCGUGUAUAUGGAAGUUUUGACAGCAUGGAGUACUUAAAUGCCCAAAGAAUUAGGAACCGCCAGAUGCACUUCCAUAAGAAGAUAUUUGAGAAGGCAGAUGUUAUUGUUACACCAACAACAGGAGCAACUGCAUACUCAAUUAUGAAUGAUGCCCUGAAAACCGGUGAACUUGACUACAUAAAUGGAGCUGCAUUUGUUCGGUAUCAAAUAGCAGGAAACUUUCUGGGAUUGCCUGCAGUGACUGUCCCGAUUGGAUACGACAAACUGGGUUUGCCAAUAGGCCUGCAGUUCAUAGGGAGGCAAUGGUCAGAACCAACAUUGAUCCACAUAGCACAGGCAAUGCAGGCUUUGUGCAUAUCAGACUACAAAAAGCCAGAGGUCUUCUAUGAUCUGCUCAAGAAGAAUUAACAGCACCAGACAAGCCCAGAAUUCAGUAUUAGCCCAACAUUGUGACACAUACCCGUACAAGUUGCUGCUGAUUGUUCCAUUGCUUAUGUUAGUGUUCCUCUCGACAAACUAAAUUACGUUUAAGCUUAGGGUUGUCAAUAGUAUUUGUUCAUAUCAGCUACUCACAAAAAGUAUUCAAUAAUCAGUCCUUAUUUCUCAUGAUCUGGGCAAUCUUAUAAUUUUCAUUUUUCA